UGUUUUACUGUGGGUAAUUUUUAUAUUUUGACACCAAAUGUCUUCCAAUGUCGUUGGGAACUGAAGCCGGUGGUCCUUUUUCAUAUCAGAUACUGAAUUGGAUAUUUUUGGUAAUGUGUAAUCAGAAUGUAAUGUAACAGUUCGCUGUUUGGUAGUCAAAGUAUUGGUAGUGAUAAGGAAAGUAGUUUUGAUUGUCAAUUUCACAAUAUAUAGACUGGGUGUAUAUGUUAUUUUCUUCAGCCAUACCGGUAUACUUCGAGUGUGUUUUGUAAAAUGUGUAUUUUUAUCUGAUCUAACAAAAAUUUCAAAAGGUUACGAAGUUAUAAAACUAUUUCUGUAAACAAAUUUAUUCACGUAUCCUUUUAUUAUAAAGAAGGCAUAAGGCUCGGCCUAGUAAAGUAAUAAGAACCUAUUUAUGGUUUUGAAAUUCUCUGAUCUAACCAAAUUUAUAGAAUGUCUGACAACUCAUCUGUGGGUUCAGUGCUUGCUGCUUUGAUUCAAGGAAAUGAACGAAAAUUUAUAUUUCAAGAUGUGAAUUUCAUUGGUCGGAGUAAAGAAGCUAUUAUUCCCAUAGAAGACAAACUCAUCUCAAGAAAACAUUGUGUAAUAGAAAAGUCUAAUGGCAGUUUUACAAUUUGUGAUGUGAGCUCAAAGGGUACAUAUUUGAAUGGCGAAAGAAUGUUGAAGAACCAAGUUUAUGAGCUUCAACAUCGUGACAAGAUCAGCUUGGUCAAUUUAGAAAAAUACACUUAUUUAUUUGUACUCAACAGAACACUCAGAACCAAAAGUGAGUCACAUGCUGAGCUUUCUUCUCGUUUGAAAGAGAAAAUAUUGAAUUUUGAUAACACUUUCACAGACAACAUGAAGAAACUAAACAGUAAACUGACUCAAAUAGAAACUGAGAAGUCAGAUCUCAAGAAAGAAAUGAACAACAAGCUAGAAGAGCAAGAGGGUACAUUUAAAAGGGAAAGGCUCAGUCUAUCUACGAUACUAAAUGCAACCAAUGAACAAAAAGAAGAGGCAGAGAGAAAACUGAGAGAAAUGGAGAUUAAUUGUGAGUUGGAAAAGAAGAUGCUUAUGGAAGAAGUUGAAAGUAAAAUGGCUGAUAUUUCAAAGAAGGAAACAGAAUUACAGCAAGUGAAGAAUGAAAUGGAGUCACGUUACCAGAGGGAGAGAGUUGAAUUGGAAGAAAGAUGCAAGGCAGAAGUAGAAGAGCUCAAAGAUAAACUAGCAGAAUUUGAAGUAGAGCAAGAACGCUUACAAAGUGAGACUCGAGAUGCAGAACAGAAAUUGAAAGAAACUAAAAAGAUUCUUCUGGAAUGUGAAAUGGAACAGUACCGCCUUUGUGAGGAGAAAGUAGAAGCGGAAUUAAAACUUGAGUCCAAAAUCAUUGAUCUUACAAAGGAAAGCACAAGUAAAGAUGAAGUAGUGAAGGACUUGGAGCGGAGGAUACAAGAAAAAGACAAAGCAGCUGAAAAACUGAAAAGAGAUAUCGAAGUCUUAGAAGAGGAACUGCAGUGCAGCAUCUGUGCAGAACUGUUCAUUGAACCAACCGUGCUGAACUGCGGCCACAUGUUCUGUAAAACGUGUAUAGAUGAAUGGAAGACGAAGAAGAAGAUCUGCCCAAUGUGCAGGGCUAAAAUAGUUACAAGUGUCAGAAUAUUCACUGUAGACACAAUCAUAGAGAAAAAUGUUGCUCUGUUGUCCGCCGAGGCGAGGUCCCGUCGUGAGACUCUCAUUCUGCAGCGACAAAAAGGAAAUCAAACAUCAGUGCGAGCAAAGAAGAGGAAAAAUCAGAACCCCCGAGGAGAGCCUAUCAUCAAUCCUAGGAGGUCACGUACUAGUACUGUUAUAGAGCACAUGCAUGUUCCACCACUCAUGGUCCAGCUUAUGCCUCAGGGCAUGGAGAGAGUUGUGAAUAUGGAUGUAUUCACGUUGGGAGAUGAUCAAGAUGAUCCAUUCAAUUGGGGUGCUGCUGGCCACAUGCAAAUGCGGACCAGAGCUGCUACCCAGUUGGAACGACAACUAGAGCCAUGGGUGGAGCCCGCCGGUCCGACAGUGCCUGUGGCUGCAAUCGACUUGACUAGUGUAACUCCUACCCCUAACCAAACUGCCAGGGAGCCCAUAGACCUUACUAGUCUGCACCCAGAACAUAGCAGGCCCUCCACCUCCACCGCCGACUUUAACUCUACCAUCGACCUCACGUCUCCAUAGAUUCUCCUGCCACCUUGUUUGUGAACACUUUAAAAGGUAGCAAACAAGUUGGUCAAAUGUAAUAUUUUGUUAUUUUACUCAGUUUCUGUUAUACGUUUUUGAAACUAAUAAUUUUACUUUCUUACUAGGAUGAUAUACUUUUUUUGAAACAAUUGAUAUUUAUUUCCUUUAUUUUAUAAUUAUCUGAAUUUCGUAGGUUACAUAACUGCAAUAAUUGAUUGUAUUAAGUCGAAGUUGUCGUUGACAGAAAUUGCUCGUCAAUAUAAUGUUUAAAGAGAAUAUAAAGAAUAUAAACUGUUUACAUAAUAAAAUAAAACCUGUAUUUUUCUACUUAUGUUAGUUUGAAUUUAAUAUCCUUAAAUAUAAAAAAUUAUUGUAAUUUGUUUAGUUUUAAAUUUUAACUAUAAACUCAAGAAAGCUUUAGUAAGUUGGAUUGUAUUGAAUUGACUCCUUGAAAAAGAAAAUGAUACGUUCUUUUAUUCCUGUUUUAUUUUGGUUAUUUUCACUUAGUCUGUAAAAGUGGACAAGACUCAUAGAUCAUUCCAAAAAUAUAUUUGUCACUAUUUGUAGCAAAUAAUGUGGUUUUUACUUUGUAGGAUGACGUUCUUAGUUAAAAACAAUAUUUUAUAUUCAUCAUAGCUACUUAAGUUUAAUGGAUCUUACAUUUUUUAAUGUGCUGUCAGUGUAAUAUAAAUUAAAAAAAUAAAUAGAUAUAUUUGUUUGA